AUGGCUCGAAUCAAAAUGACUGUAAAACGCAAAAAAUCAUGCCAAGAACCAGAGGAAAACCAAGAUGUUUACUCAAGCACUGAGUCAGAUUGUCGUGAGGAAAACCAAUCUGAAGCAACUUCCAUGAACACCAUUUCUUCAUCUCAACCAUCCAAAAGCUCAUCUCCUUUUAUUACUCCAAAAAUCGUCAAAAAAUCCUCCUCCUCAACUCCUUCCAGACGUUCCUCCAGAAUCAUGUCUGGAGCUGUUUCGACCAGCAAGGCACCUCCUCAGGACAAUACAGUCCAUGUCAUCAACUCUGAUGAUUCAAAGACCACUCCUCUUGAUGAACCGGCACAACAGACUCCUCUUGCAAAAUCAAAUUCCAAAACUUCAACUCCAAAAAGGGCCAAACCUUCUUCAUCAAAACCCCAUUCGUCAUCCACAAAAAUUUCUGCCAACACUUCACUGUUUGAUUCGGACGAAUUAGAAACGGUCUACACUUCAAAAUGGCAAAACAAGUCAGUGGUAAAUGGAAAAAUCAUUGACCUUGCUGAUAUCAAACAAGGAGGGUUCAACAUUGAAGAAAUGUUUGAACAACUUGGUGCUUGUCUGAGACAUGGUAUUCACAGUGUGUCAUCACUAGGACCUCUGUGCUCCAAAACACCCUCAUCAAACCUCCAAAACCGUUGGUGGCCUCUAACCUCGUCCCCUUGUGUUGUAUCCUUCAUAAUAUCUGUGUCCACUCCAUCACUCCCCGGGCUGGCAGUUUUGAGAAAGUCACAGAACUUGAUCUCAUGA